AAUUAAUGUAGAUGCUAUAAUCUGAAGCACACUCCGUUAUGUGAGUGUGCGUGUAUGUAUGCAGCCAUUAACAUGUUUUAUGAAAUAGCUUCGGCCAGUGGUGCGUGUGAUAAAUAGAGACUUUUGUUUUAAAGUGUUGUGAAGCAGGAAGUGGAGCAGCGGAUAUUCUCCGGUAGUCUGUGCGGGUUGACAGCGGCUAUGGACGCGUGAAAAUGUUGGGCUGUGUUUUGAGGAAAAUGUGCUGGAAGAGAACGGGCGCGCGCAGAGGGGUGUGCACGAGACAGCCCGCGCCGCGCGUCCGCUUCGCUCCGAGUCCCACAGGCUUUCUGCAUCUCGGAGGUCUGCGCACGGCGCUCUAUAACUACCUGUUCGCCAAGCAGCGCGGCGGCGCGUUCAUCCUGCGGCUGGAGGACACGGACCGGGCGCGCUUACUACCGGGAGCCGCUGACGCCAUAGAGGACAUGCUGGAGUGGGCAGGCGUCCCGCCGGACGAAAGCAGCCGCAGAGGAGGAGACUGUGGGCCGUAUGUUCAGUCUGAGCGGCUGCCGCUCUACUCACAGACAGCAGCGGCUCUGCUGCAGACGGGACACGCCUACUACUGCUUCUGCUCCAAUCAGAGGCUGGAUCUGCUGAAGAGAGAGGCGCAGCGCAGCGGACACGUACCGCGGUAUGAUAACCGGUGUCGACGGCUGCAGCCGGAGCAGGUGCAGCAGAGACUGGCUCAGGGAGUCCCUGCCGUGGUCCGCUUCAAGCUGGCCUCCGGCGCCGAGCCCUUCCAGGACAUGGUCUUCGGCUGGACGCGGCACGAGGUGGCGGCGGUGGAGGGAGAUCCGAUCAUCCUGAAGGCCGACGGCUUCCCCACGUACCACCUGGCCAGCGUAGUGGACGACCAUCACAUGCGCGUCAGUCACGUGCUGCGCGGCUCCGAGUGGCUGAUCUCCACCGCCAAACACCUGCAGCUGUUCCGCGCCCUGGGCUGGACGCCGCCCGCAUACGCCCACCUGCCGCUGCUGCUCAACCGCGACGGCAGCAAGCUGUCCAAGCGACAGGGCGACAUCUUCAUCCAGCGCUUCAGAGAGCAGGGCGUCCUGCCCGAGACGCUGCUGGACCUCGUCACUCACGCAGGCUCCGGCUUCGACAAUAAUCGGAUCGGUCGACGUCUGGAGGAAUUAGUUUGUGAGUUUAACAUUUCCAAGAUCACAACGCACUCAGCCCUGCUGGAUCUGGACAAACUACACGAGUUCAACAGGGUUCAUCUCCAGCGCAGGAUCGAGGAUGAGGAGAAGUGCGCUGUGCUGCGGGACGAGCUGCGUCAGCGUGUUCUUCACACACACGGCUCUCAGAUCAGCGACCGCGCCGUCCUGGAGCCGCUGUACAUACAGAGAGUCCUGGAGCUCCGCAAGGGGCACGUCUGUUCGCUGCGGGAGCUGCUGAAUCACAUGCAUGCGUACCUGUGGAUCCGGCCGCGAGUCACGCGCCAGCAGCUGCAGGAAGUGAGCGCAGAGGCGGAGAACAUCGCAGCGGCGGUCAUACAGCUGGUCGCAUCCGGCGGCUCGUUCGAGUCCACAGAGCAUCUGAACACUGAGCUCAAACUGAUCGCCAGCAGACUGAAGCACACCAAAUACAGCGGAAUGAUGAGAGUGCUGAGACUCGCUCUGAGCGCACAACAGGGUCCCAGUGUGGCGGAGAUGAUGCUUUCUCUGGGAGAACAGGAGGUGUGUGUUCGUCUUCAGAAAGCUCUGGAACAAACUGGAACGACUUGAUCUCUUUAAUAAAGGGGAUGUAAAUACUGAUCUGUGGUUCGUGGUUUAAUCAGAACAUCUGCUGUUUUAAAGGAGCGAGAUGACAAAAGCUUUCCAUCUUUGUUGAGGCUAAUACUUUAAAAGAAACAUGUAACUCGUAAAGAAAAGACAUCCCAUAAUAAGAAAUGUACUAUGUAUUUAUCUGUAAUACUUCAUUAAACUGAAAUAAUAAAGUCUGCUUGCUAAUGUA